UGAAAUUCACGAUUAAAUUGUGAUUUUUUUUCUUUUUAUCAAGAAAAUAACGAAAAGAUUUUUGCAUAAAAAGCAAACGAACGGGAAAUCGGAUUUAAAAUCCCGCCAGGAACUGGAACUGAGUCGAAAAUAGAUAAAACAACGUAGAGGUCGAAGCAGCACAGCGGAACGCAUGGCAUGAAACGAACGGAACGCCCAGCCGUGGCAGACAUGCAAAUUUAUGCAUUUUGAAGUCCAGUAACAAACAAAAGCAACAACAACAGCAGCACUAACAACAACGAAACACGAUUUAAAGCAGAUUUUAAGCAAAUUAAUUAAAUUAACAAACACAUGGAAAUCGGAACCAAAAACAAUUAGCGCCACACUAUGGAAGCUGCCACAGCAACGCGAAAUCGAGCAGACGAGAUGGAUGAGGUGGAGAUUGAAGCAGAGGCGGUGACGGUGGCGGUGGCAAUGGAGAUGGGCGUGGCCACAGAGGAGACGUCAUUUAGCAACCAAGAGACUGAUAAAGCGGCCAUCACAAUGAAGUGCAGCAACGGAAGCACUGACAUAACUAAUACAACAACAGCAACGACGACAGCAACAACGACAGCAACUACCACAUUGAGAUUGGAGGAUGUGGCUGCAUUUGUCAUGCCAGCAGUGGGCGCCACCAAUCCACGCACCACCAAACCCGCAACGAAAUCAGCGAGCAGCAGCCGCAGCAGCUCACUAAGAAAACAAAAGCAAAAGCUCAACAUGCUGGAUGUGAUUGGAUGUGGUGCAGGUGGUGGUGGUGCGGGUGGUGCAGACGUGGGUGCGAUCGGUGGUGCCGCCGUCAAUGAUAUGAAAACAUCACAAUCGAUGACCUCGCUGCCAGCGGACGAGCUGCAGCAGGAGCGACGUGAUGUCAUCCAAGCCAAGCUGCAUCUGGAGCGGCCCUACAACAGCCUCAAGAAAAACUCACAGAGCAGCAGCAGCAAGUGCUCCGGCGGCAACAAUAGCAACAAAAUGCACCGUUAUUCGUGGGGCAGCGGCCACAGCCACAGCAGCUCGACCAGUCUGCACAGCAGCGCCACCUUGGGACUCGGCUCGUCGGGCAAAGACGACCUCUGGGCGGCCAUACAAACGAACUAUAACUAUAUUAUGGACACAAACCUGCUCGAUACGUGCAAAGAGGCAAGGUUUGAGAUUGAGGAGGCGCAGCCAACGUCACGCGAGUCGAAAUUUACGGGCAGCCAGUUGCAUAUUUUGGAUGAAACACAGCGGCCGGAGGGCUUGUGCGAGGAUCCCAAGGAAUUGCGUCGCUGGCUACGCGACAUGGAGAAUAAAUUGGAAAAUGCGCCAACCAUAUCGGAAUUGACGCUGUAUUGUAAUUCGGAGUUGCAGCGCCAUCUAGCAGUACACUCGGUGUUGUACCAUGAAAUUGUAUCACACGCUCGAGUUGUAAGCGCCUGCAUACGUGCCGCCUCCGAAAGGGAACGGGAACAAUCCCAGUCACAGUCACAGUCGCAGUCACAGUUGCAGUUGCAGUCGCAGUCGCAGCAGCCCGCUUCCUUAACCAGCAACUGCUCCAGCGAAUCGACCAGCGACUCGGCCACCAAAUCGCACAGUCUCAGCAGCGGCUUCGCCUCUGAUGCAGCACCACUGACCACGCCCAGCGUUGGAGUUGCGACUGGCUCUGGACUUGUCGCAGCUGGCGGCAGCAGCAACAGCAGCAACAGCAGCAACAGCAACAGCAACAACAACAACACAGCCCAUCCACGAAAGGGUGAAGGCAAUUUGGAACGAUUGCGCGAUCGCUAUCACCUGAUCUACUUGAAGGCCUUCGAGCUACAGCUGUGCCUGGAUAAUUUACUGCGCAAACGCAGCUCGACCGCGAACGGUUUGGAUGACGACGACGACACCGAAGACGAUUCGUUCGGCUACGAGGGCGAAGACGGCGACGCAGCCACCGAGGACGAUCUGAACGAGGCCGUUUCCGAUUUGGAUUUGGAGUGCGAGAGUGCGCCCAGCCAUAACUCGACGGAGCUCUUGCAGCGCUGUCAGCUAACUGCCACGGAGAUCGUCGUUGCCAGCGUCCAAGCUGAGGAUCAGUCACGCGAUUGUAUCGCAACCCAAAAGAUACUGAAAUCGGCUGAUGCCUCAUCGGAUGACGACGACGAGGGUUGGCUCUACACGGCAGCAACGGGCGCAGCAGCAACUGUUACUGCUGCAGCAGCAACAUCCACCGUCGAUGGUCUGCAGUCGGCUGCCAUCUCAUCGACAACGUCUGGCGCCGUGGCUGGAGUCAGCGACGACUCUGAUAAGGAGAACAAGGAGUUGCUGUUGACCACGUCGGCAACAGCAACAGUCGCAGCAACAACAGCAGCAGCAAUAACCGCAACUGUUGUUGCUGUCGGCGGCAGCAGCAGCAACUACGACAGCAGCAGCGCCUGCUCCUCGUCCAAUUCGAACGGUGUCCAUACGGAGACCUCGGCCACCUCACGGGUUACCCAAAUGCAGCGCAGCAUUGUCGACAUGGACAUUCAGUUUCAAAUCAAUGGCAGCGCCAGCGAUGGCAGCAACAGCAACAGCAACAGCAACAUGAGACACAUCAUUAGCAACAAUUGCUACAAACAAAUGCAGUGCGACAGCGACAACAACAACACCCCUCAGCAACAGCAGCAGCAGCAACUGAAUGCCAACAAUAAUAAUCACAAGCAACAACAACAACAGCAACAGCAACUGAAGCUGAAUCUGGAGAACGCUGCCGAGGCAACUGUUGCUGAUAACACAAAUGGAAAUGCAGCACAGCUGCUCUGCCACAACCACAACAACAACAACAACAACAGCAGCAGUUUCUAUAGUCGCGCAGACAUCUGCAACAUCAGCGUUUGGCCCAGCGACAUGACCAAUGGGAACUCGAGUCCAACUGCCCAGCAGAACGGAGGCAGUCGCCUGCCGCCUCGCUCGCCCGCCAAGUCGGCCAAGUCCGGCAAAUCGCAGGCGAGCAGCAGCAAUGCGACUAUGUCGCCAGCUAAGGGCAAGGUCUCGCAUGAUUCAAUCAAGCAGCUUGUGCUCGAAGCGGAGCAUUUGGUGCGCGACGCUCAGGAGUCAUCGUUGAAGACGCCAACGAAGCAGAAACAUUCCAUCAUCAAAAUCUCGUCGACGGUCAAGAAACGCGAACUCCAAAUGCCGGGACCCAUCAAGCAGCGCGUCGAGGAAUGGCUGGAGCAUCAGCCCUCCACACCCCAGCUGCUGAAUCGCAAUCAUCUGGAGGUGCCGAUCAAGCCGGAUGACUGCGAGGCCUCGGGCGAGGCCAGCGAAACGGACUCCAUGCCCCAGACGAAUCUUGUGUGUGGGGCCAACUCGGACUCCUCGGAGGGCUUCACCGACUCCAUUGCCACCUGCAUGCAGACGAGCACCAACUCGUACGGCAAUUCGACGGAGCGCAUUGGCGGCUCGGCCGAGCCCAUCCACCAGCCGGCCACGCCGCUCGGCUUCGGCAGCAGCAAUCAGAGCUUGAAUGUGAAGAUCGUGAAGCGCACGCAGACGCGUCGCAAGUCGGAGCGUCCGUGGAGCGUCUCCUGCCUGUCGCAGUUGACCACCGAUGCCGCCCAGCUGACCACAGCCAUCGCGGCCGUCGGCCAGAGCUCGCCUGGCACGGGCCUGGCCAGUCACUCGAUUAGCGAGAGCGCCCUGGACUCGCUGUCGCCAGGUCCGCGUGCACGCACCGCCUCCUCCUCGGGCACGGGCAGCAAUGCGGCCAGGAAGGCGGACAGCAAGGGCUCGCUGCGACGCCGCAGAGCUCGCAAGAAGCGCAUGUCCGCCGCCUCGGCGGGCAAGAAGUCCGACUCGGGCUCGGAGGCACCCGGAGACCUGACCCAAACGCUGAUGAAGUCUUGCGAGUCGAUGUCCUCGCAGCAGCUGCAGGAGUUCACGAAUGCGCUGCUGAGCAUACAGAAGGUCAGUCCCACCAAGGACGAGCCGGCGCCCGAGGCCGACUCGGAGUCGCAGCUGAUGGUGCCCAAAUUCCGCGUCGGCUCCUUCACCACAGCCGCCCUAAGGGCCAGCGAGAUUCGCCUGGGCGCACUCGCCGCCCUCUCCAACUACAUGCACGAGGAUGAGCAGCAAGCAGAGCUGAGCACUGAGGAGCACCACAGCAGCAUCUCGGAGACUGCUUGGGACAACUACCAAGAGAAAUACAACUCGGAGAACUACUCGGAGGGCUUGGACUCGGAUGCAGCGCGUCGUCUGUUGGAAUUCGGGGACGACUAUCGCAAUUUCAUCGACUCGCAGUCGGACUGCUGCAGUUCGCUGUCGGCUGCCAACAACUUGGACUCGUUUUCGCCUCCGCGCAUGGACUCGCUGCAGCAGCACGAGCUGAAGGCGCUGCACAUCAACCAGGAGACAAUCAGCAGCAGCGUCGACCACGCGCGUCGCCAGCGCGCCCUCGAGCUGCAGUACGAGCGACGUCGCAAGACGCUCGAAGUGCGACGCAAGUCCUGUCAGGACAUGGCCGAUGCUAUCGGCUCCCAGCAGGAGCAGCUGCAGCAGCAACGGGAGCAGCACCAGGCAACCAAUGCAAAUCUCUCCUCCUCGGCCACGGCGCUGAUGACGCCCAAGAACUCUGCGUCGGCUCAGCUGCCCGCUCGCACCGAUUCGGUGGGUCGCAAACUGGAGUUCGGUGGCUCGAUGAGUCACUCGGCUCAAUCGCUGCUGCGCCGCACCUCGGAGAGCGACACCUCGACCCGACGCCGUCGCACUGUGACGGCGGAUGAGCGCCGACGCUCCUCCCGCAACCUGGAGAAGUGCAUCAAGGUCAUUCCGGCCACGUCCUCGUCCAGCGGCGAUGACUCCGAGGAUGGCGAGCAGGAGAUGCGCUCGCUGCUGCAGCAGAGCAAGGACAGGCUCGAGGAUACGCGCGCCCUCAAGAUACGCUGUCAUCUGUUGAGACCAGAGGAUUAUAACGAGAUCAUAAACACUUGCCGUGACAACAUUCGCUGCUUGGAGGCUGUGCUGAGGGGUCCGCCUGGCACAGUGCUAUCGACUCAGUGCGCCGGCCAGACAAAAGAUUUGUUGGGCAACUGGGAGGAUUUGCUUAACUGGAGCGAGAAUGCAGCCAGCGCACGCAAGCUGCAGCAGGAGAUGAGCGCACUGAAGCACACGCUGCGCCGUCUUGGCGACCCGUCCACACCGGAGCUGCUCGACACAGAGCCCGCCAUACAGGUGGCCAUUGAGGCCUUGAAGCACGAUCAGACACAGCUGAGCAGCUAUCGCACCAACAUGCUGCGCCUGAAUGCCUCCGUGCACAGCUGGCUGACUCGCCAGGAGCGGCGUCUGCAGCAGGAGCAGCUGCAACAGGAGUCCGAACAACUUCAACAGAAAGAGAAGAAGCUGCAGUUGCAGCAGCAGCAGCAGGAGGAGCAGCAGCUCGAGCUGGAGCAGGAGGCGGGUGUGGCCAUCACCGUAACGGACAGCAAUGGCAACCAGGUGGUGGAGGCCUCCACUGGCACCUGCGACGUGUCCAGCCUGAUCAGCGCCGAGCAGGAGUUCCACAAGCACCUCAAGGACGAGGUCAGCGACAUGUACAGCGCCUGGGAUGAGGCAGAUGCCAGAAUCAACUCUCAGCUGGAGAUGCUCACGAAUUCGCUGAUUGCCUGGCGGCAGCUGGAGUGCGGCUUGAGCGAGUUCCAGCUGGCGCUUGGCCAGGACCGCGGCACACUCAAGGGCCUGGAGGGCGCCCUGGACAAGGGACAGGCGACGCCCGUGGAGCUGGCACAGAAUGUCAAGCUGGUGGCCAAGUUGCUCUCGGAGAAGGUCAACGUCAGCCAGGAGCAGCUGCUCGCCGUGCAGCAGCACCUGGAUCCCAAUCACAUCUAUCACAUUGCCAAGUUCACAGCCUCCAAUGGCUCGCUGUCCGACUCGGGCAUCUCGGACGGCGGCGCCACCUCCGAUGGCGGCCUGUCCGAGCGCGAGCGCCGUCUGGGUGUACUGCGUCGCCUGGCCAAGCAGCUGGAGCUGGCCCUAGCGCCAGGCAGCGCCGCAAUGCGUUCCAUUGCUGAGCGCAUGGAGAGCGCCGAGGCGGAGCUGAAGCAGCUGCAGAACACGUGCAGAGACUUGAUUGUGCGCACAGCUGCCUCGCACCAGCAGAAGCAGCAGGAGAAGCUAAAGGAGCAGAAGGAGCAAAGGGAGCAUGACGAGCAGAAGCAGCCUCUUGCGAAUGGACAUGCCAAGCAGCUGGCAGUCAAGUCGGCCAAUCAGUCGCCCAAACGUCGCAACGGACGCAAGCCUCGUCCAGCUGGCGAGAAGCAGGAGAAGCAGCCGCUGCGCAAGGACCAGGAGCAACAGGUUGUGGAACAGCUGCAGCGCAUUGUCGCCGCUGGCGGCGGUGGAGAUGAGCCGCCCGAGGACCCAGCCACCAUGUUGGACAGCUCUGAGGAUGAGGACGAUGCCGCCGCCAAGGCGAAGCCUCGCGGCUGGGCGUGGCGCAUAGCGCGCGCUGCUGUGCCCAUGCAGCUGGCGCUGUUCACGUUCUUCUGCGCUGCAUGCAUGAUGCAGCCCAAUUGCUGCGAUAAUCUGAACAAUCUGUCGAUGAGUUUCACGCCCCAGUUGCGCUAUAUACGUGGCCCGCCUCCAAUUUGAGCGAUGCAAGUCGCGCGCGAUUCACAAAACGCGCGCGCGUUUUUAUGUAGGCAACAAAAUAUUUACUUAAGACGAGUAUCGUUAAGCAAUCUAACAGCCAGUUAGGUGCCACUCGGGCAAUAUAUAGAUAUGUAUACAGAUCCCGAUUUGCAGUCGACCUCGCGCGACGAGGCGACUGAGGCGCGUUUUGCGCGCGAUUCAUGCGCGACUCGUGCGCGAUUUGCGCGCGCGCUUUGAAAGCAAUUUGCAUAUAAACAUUUUUGUGUGUUUGUUUGUCUUUUAUGGAAGCGGAGGCACUUAAUUUCUUAUUUUUUAAAAUGUUUAAUUGAAGUGGAAAACAACGCGAGUUAUGCUUAAGAUAUACCCUACAUAGAUUUUGAUUUCAUGGAUCGUUUCUUAUAGUUAUCUUAAGAGUUCGAUUGCGGUUCUUGCAAACAUUUAUAGAUUUUUUUACGAGAAAGCCUUUAAAAUUAAGUGCGAAAACAAGUUUAAGCUCAACUUUAGCAAUUAGAAGGAGUAGGAGCAGGAGGAGGAGAGAGUAGAAACGGGAGAACAGUUUCAACAAAUGAGAUUCACGGAGAGAUGAGGAAUCAGCAGAUCAAAAGACCAUGACAGAUCGUGGCAAAAGGAAUCAUAUAUAUUCGUACACGUACUUAGAGAACGAUACUGUUGGGUGCAUGGAACCCGCCCACAUAUCAGAGUAACUUUUGUAAGGCAUGACACGAACUCCAGUUAUUAGGAAUACCAUUAAAGAGGAA